AUGGAGGAGAGGUUUCACUGCUGGUUGAGGCAUAACCAAGUUCUUCCGACGCAGUCCAUCGUGUACCGAGACGGUCUUUUCGAGGGUCAAUUCAAUCAAAGCGUGGCGGAAGAGAUCCCGCAGUUCAAAAGAGCGGUUGACAACGUCUACGUCGACCGAGCACGGCCAAGCCUUCAAGUCGUUUGUGUUGUCAACCGGCAUCAUCAGCGCUUCUAUCCGGGCAAAGAAAAUACGACGCCGAAUGGUAACGUGCUGCCAGGCAUCUGCGUUGACUUGAGUGUUCGUGGGGGACAGCGUCUGGAUACAAGAACUGUUUUUGCGUCUCCCACAACACCAUCCAGGAAAACCGCUCGCCCUGUACCCCACGUACUGCUGCACGACGAGCCAGCAUGCGACAUCAAGGAGUUGCAGCUUAUGGCCCCAGAUCCUCCUCCGCAAAAGGCCGAUGCAUCCGCUGAACAAGCACCCGCGGAUCUGAUCAACAUCUUCGAGUGCAAGUUUACACCCACCAGAACGAUAACAGAUGUAGAGAAGAAGCGGAAGACAGGGAAGAAGACCCACCAUCCCAGCAUGACGAAUCCCGACUCGGAUAUAGGAACGCCUACAUCUGAAGCUUCGCCAACAAAGCCCAAGCGGAGACUUGUCUUCCUUAUGAAAGCUCUAGAGACCCGCCAAGAUAUGAAAGGAAUCAACCUUGCGAGCGACUACAACCAACACCUCUACACACUCACUGCUUUACCCCUGACAUUAUCCAAAACACUGUCUAUUCGCGACUUGGUCGACUAUGAGCGAGAGAAUGUAGUCGAUAAGACCGAGUCGGGUGCCUUCAUCCCCACCAAGAAUGCCACACUCAAUGCGCUCAACGCGAUACUGACCAAUGCCGCGGUCCGGCUGACAUUCGCAGAUCUAAACCCCGGAAAUGGACAGUCAGAACGCCAGCAAGUAGUUGUACGUGCUGACAGCAAGAAGUAUUACCACACCAGCGAUACAACCCCUGUCUUCGAUCCCAGUGUGGACUAG